AUGCACUUCUCCCGUCCCUCUCUCCGCGCACUCGUCUCCGUACAGCCGUCCCUGUCGCUCCAGGGGUCACCGCGAGCCCCGCGGCGGCCAUCUCGCUCUGUGAGAUCACACCACUCUGAGGAAGUGUAUGGAGUAUGGUCCGCGACUGCUUUGCAUAGCGUAAUGAGGCGAGCUUUAGAACGAAAACUAAUGAAGCGUCGGUGGUCGGCGCGGGGUCCGCCUCGCGAGCGGUCGGUCGGCCGGUCGGGCGCACCCACCGCGAACAUAAGAGACGUGCCAAUUAGAUGUCGGCCGGAUCGCUAA